UUAGUUGGCCAAUCGUGGAGUCCGCACAGACGGCCUCUGGGAGGCGCUAAGGAGUCUAGUGUUACGCACAAUUUUAGCUGGUGAAAAUGGCAUAAAUAGCAUGAUACGAGCAAACGUGGAGUCCAAAUACAGUUGUUUUGAAUUAUUUGGAUUUGAUGUGAUCUUAGACUCGGAUCUUGUACCAUGGUUAUUGGAGGUCAACAUUUCACCCAGCUUGCACUCAGAACUGCCGCUUGAUGCUCAUGUUAAGGCACCCCUGGUUCAGGGCGUUCUUAACACAGCUUUGUAUAACAUACCACCAAAACUGACUCAGGAAAAACAAAAGGAGCUUGCCGCCGAGUUUUCAUUUCCACCUGGAACACAAAUGUGCUAUGAUAAACGUCUAUAUAUAAAUUAUUUAUCGCGCGAUGAGAAGGUCAAACAUAAUAAUUUUACACGUAAAACAAUGGAAAACCGCGAAGAUUAUGUUAAUGCAAUUCUGCAAAAUCUAACACCUGACGAUGUGCGCUGUCUUAUUGUGGCUGAGGAUGAGCUGGCACGAUGCGCUCCUCUUGAGCGCAUAUUUCCCACAGAUCAUACCCACAAAUAUCUAAAAUACAACGACACUCCUCGUUAUUACAAUCGAUUGUUAGAUGCCUGGGAAUCACGCUAUGCAAAUAACCGUACCGAAGGGAUAGCACUUCUUCGCGAUUAUUGCCAAGCCAAAUACCAUUUACAGGUUCCAGUGCCACCUGCCAAAAAGGACUUGAACGAUAACCCCGAAGAGAACACACUUCUGAAGCUAGAAAAUGGACCCAUUGCAAACUCAAAUUCAUAAAACAACCUUUCUUUCGCUUUCAAAUAAUGAUUCUAGCGAAUUCUGUUAAAUACAUCAACCGACUUGGAAAAAAUGUUAAG